AAAUGGAUUGAAAAUUUUGACAAAGAAAUAAGAGAGUCAAAUCGUCACAUUUUACUUAUCUUGAAUAGUGUCUCUUUACAUAUUACUGGUGCUAUUACUUUAACUAAUAUAGAGCUUCAUUAUCAUUGUAUACAACUUCAACAUGCAAUUAAUCAAGAUGAAGCUAGAGAAAGCAAUAUAUACAAAGUUAAUCAGUUGCAAGCUAUAAGAUGGGUAAAG